AUGGCGGCGAAAUCCGAUGGCGGCGGCGCGGGGGUGGGCUUCGCCCAGCUGCACAACCUGGACGAGGCGGUGGGCAGCGGCGGCGAGGAGGACGGGGAGCCCGGGGGCGGCGGCGGCGAGGAGCCGGGCGAGAGCAGCUCGCUGCACAUCUGCCACUGCUGCAACACCUCCUCGUGCUACUGGGGCUGCCGCUCCGCCUGCCUGCGCGCGCUGCUGGGCAGGACGCCGCGCCGCAGCGCCGCCGCCGACGGGGGGGACCAGCCGCUGCAGCCGCCCGGGGCCGCCGGCCGCCGCCCCCCGACGCCCGCGCGGCCGCCCCCGGCGCCGCAGGCGGAGCGGCCGUGGCUCGACUGCCUGUGGAUCGUGCUGGCGCUGCUGGUGUUCUUCGGGGACGUGGGCACCGACCUGUGGCUGGCCCUCGACUACUACCGCAAGGGGCACUACGGCUACUUCGGGCUGACCCUCUCCUUCGUGCUGGUGCCGUCGCUGCUGGUGCAGAGCCUGAGCUUCCGCUGGUUCGUGCAGGACUACACGGGCGGCGGGCUGGGCGCCGUGGAGGGGCUCAGCAGCCGGGGCCCCCCCAUGAUGGGGGCCGGCUACGGCCACGGCGCGGCCCGCGGCGGCCCGGGCGCGGGGGGCUCGGCCACGCCGGGGGCGCAGCGCCUGUGCCGCCUCUCCGUGUGGAUCUGGCAGUCGGUCAUCCACCUGCUGCAGAUGGGGCAGGUGUGGAGGUACGUCCGCACCAUGUACCUGGGGAUUCAGAGCCAGCGGCAGAAGGAACACCAGCGCCGCUUCUACUGGGCUAUGAUGUACGAAUAUGCAGACGUCAACAUGCUGCGCCUCCUGGAGACCUUCCUGGAGAGCGCCCCCCAACUGGUGCUACAGCUCUGCAUAAUGAUCCAGAAGAACAGCGCCGAGACGCUGCCCUGUGUCUCCUCUGCGACGUCCCUGAUGUCCCUGGCUUGGGUGCUAGCCUCCUAUCACAAGCUGCUGCGGGACUCCAGGGAUGACAAGAAGAGCAUGAGCUACAGAGGGGCCCUCAUCCACCUCUUCUGGCGUCUCUUCACCAUCUCCUCCAGAGUUAUCUCUUUUGCCCUCUUUGCUUCCAUCUUCCAGCUCUACUUCGGGAUCUUCGUGGUGGUGCACUGGUGCGCCAUGGCCUUCUGGAUCAUCCAUGGCGGAACGGACUUCUGCAUGUCCAAGUGGGAGGAGAUCCUCUUCAACAUGGUGGUAGGGAUCGUGUACAUUUUCUGCUGGUUUAACGUCAAGGAAGGGCGGACUCGAUACCGAAUGUUUGCGUAUUAUACGAUAGUCUUGACCGAGAAUGCUGCCUUGACGUUCCUUUGGUAUUUUUACAGAAACCCGGAGACCACUGACUCCUACGCGGUGCCAGCACUGUGUUGUGUCUUUAUUAGCUUUGUGGCUGGGAUCGCACUGAUGCUCUUAUAUUACGGUGUGCUGCAUCCCGUGGGGCCGCGAGCUAAGAUCUUUGCCAGCUCCUGUUGUGCCGAGCUGCUCUGGGGCAUCCCUCUGCCCCCCGAUGUUGAGCCCAUGGCGCCUCAGACCCCUGGGUACCGGGGGACCCAGGUCACGCCCACCAGAGCCGUCACGGAACAACAGGAGGACCUCACGGCCGACACUUGCUUGCCCGUUUUCCAAGUGAGACCCGUGGAGCCCUCCACCCCGUCGGGGCGUCCUUACCCAGAAGGGCCCCUCAUUAAGAUUGACAUGCCAAGAAAGAGAUACCCAGCUUGGGAUGCCCAUUUCGUAGACAGGAGGCUGAGGAGGACUAUUAACAUCCUACAGUACGUGACCCCCACUGCGGUGGGCAUUCGGUAUCGGGACGGACCGCUCCUUUAUGAAUUGCUGCAGUAUGAGUCUUCACUCUAAGAGCACCUGGGCCCGAGCUGAGAAGGGGACCUUAAGUUUGGUCGGCGGUAAACACCGCCUGCAAGAAAUAUAACCCUCCCUGCCCCCAGUACACAGAAACACCACCUCCACCACCACCUCACCACCACCUCCACCACUGCUACAAAAAAGAGAAAAUAAUAAGUCACGACCCCUUCAGAUAAGCUUUCUUUCCAGUCGCUGUAUGUAUACAAAGAUACUCUCUAUGUUUUGUAAGUAAAAACAAAAAGAAACCUUUCUUUUGUUUUCUACACAUAAACAGUAUUGAAAAAUCCCACACUAUGGUUCAGAGGGUGGAGUAGGAGGAGCUGUCUCCACUCCAGACGGAAAACAAGUUUUAUACCUUACACCAAGUGUAGAUCAUUUCUGGGAUUGGUGCUGAUUGAAAGAACAAAACAAAACAAAACAAAACAAACAAACAAACAAACAAACCUCCAACUGCCUUAUGCCCUUAGGUGCUGGGUUUGUUAAGUACUGUCUUGUUUCCUCACGCCAGCCCUCUGGUGCCCUGCGCACCGAGAGGGACGAUUCAACAAUGAAAUGAAACUAAUCUGGAGACAAAACAAAAACCAACCUGCGAAUAAAACGCAAAGCAAUCAUUCCUCCUAUCUGACGAUUUCUAUUGAAGAAAACAAAUUUACCAAAAGCAAAGGCGUAGUAUCCUCUCCUCCUUUUUGCUUUUUCUCCCUCCCCUCCUGCCCCGGCCCCCAACUUCUCAGCCUUCUCGGAGCCCAACAGUCAUUUGAAACGCAGAUGGCUGGGCGAGCUAUUUGAAGGCUGACUAUGUGCCAUUCGAGCAGUCACCUAGUGAGAAUCACACUUACUUCUUGGCAAAAGCGAAACAAAAAGCCACCCCAGCAAUUCGCUUAGAACAGGAAAUUCCAAAGCAAAUUUAAGAAUUCCAUAGAUGCAAUCAAAGAGAGUCAGUAAUAAUAAAACUCAGCAUAGUAGCAAAAA